AUGUCGUAUAAACCCGGACGCAGUUGUCCAAACAAGUUACAGUUAUCGUACUGGCCUGGGCUCGGCUAUGAAAGGAUAUAGAUUGUUAAACUGUUGGCUAACGGCAAGCUAGCUCGGUUAGCUUGACAGACUAGUCAGCUAGCAAAACAGUAAACCAAAGCAAAUAUUCAGGUGGACCUGAAGCAGACAUGUCGAGUGAGGACGUGGAGCGGCUUUUGAUACAGUUUCAGGACGAGAAUGGGGAGAUUCUGGGUUCACCUUUCGAUGUGCCUUUAGACAUUACCCAAGACAAACUACAGCUCGUCUGCAAUGCAUUGCUUCAGAAGGAGGAGCCAGUCCCGCUGGCAUUCUUUGUGCAAGGGGAGAUGGAGGUGGUGUCCAGCCUGGGGACAUGCGUUAAGGCUCUUGGGGUUGAAACCGAACAAGUUCUGCCUGUGGUGUACCAGCCUCAAGCUCUGUUCAGGGUUCGGGCUGUGACACGCUGCACCAGCACACUGCAGGGACACACUGAGGCCGUCAUCUCAGUCGCUUUCAGCCCCACUGGCAAAUAUCUGGCCAGUGGUUCAGGUGACACCACGGUGCGCUUCUGGGACUUGACAACUGAGACGCCCCACCACACAUCCAGGGGACACACACACUGGGUAUUGAGCAUUGCCUGGUCACCUGAUGGAAAGAAGCUGGCUUCAGGAUGCAAGAACAGUCAGAUAUGUCUGUGGGAUCCAGUGACUGGUGCGCAGAUAGGGAGGACUUUGACAGGACACACCAAAUGGAUCACUUGGCUCUGCUGGGAACCUCUUCAUCUUAAUCCAGAGUGUCGGUACUUGGCCAGCAGCUCUAAGGACGGCUCAAUACGUAUCUGGGACACAGUGUUGGGACGAUGUGAGAAGAUCCUGACUGGGCACACUCAAUCAGUGACAUGCGUGAAAUGGGGAGGAGAUGGACUUCUGUACACUUCGUCCCAGGACAGGACUGUCAAAGUGUGGAGAGCAAAAGAUGGUGUCCAAUGCAGGACUCUGCAGGGCCACGCCCACUGGGUCAACACCCUGGCUCUCAGCACUGACUAUGUCCUGCGUACAGGAGCUUUUGAACCCGCAAAUGCCACUGUCAACCCUCAGGAUCUCACUGGAUCAUUGGAAGAGCUGAAGGAGAAAGCCUUAGAGAGAUAUAAUAAAGUCAGGGGCUCAGCUCCAGAGCGCUUGGUUUCCGGCUCAGAUGAUUUCACUUUGUUCUUGUGGAAUCCUGCACAAGACAAAAAGCCUUUGGCCAGGAUGACGGGCCACAGCGCUCUGGUCAAUGAAGUGCUCUUCUCCCCAGACACCAGGCUUCUUGCCUCUGCCUCCUUCGAUAAGUCUGUUAAAAUCUGGGACGGACGCACUGGAAAGUACUUAAUGUCCCUGCGUGGCCAUGUGGCAUCAGUGUAUCAAAUAGCAUGGUCAGCAGACAGCAGGCUGCUGGUCAGCGGCAGCAGCGACAGCACGCUUAAAGUGUGGGAUAUUAAGAGUGGGAAGCUCAACAUGGACCUGCCAGGUCAUGCUGAUGAGGUUUACGCUGUGGACUGGAGUCCUGAUGGGCAGAGAGUGGCCAGUGGCGGAAAAGACAAGUGUCUCAGAAUAUGGAGAAGAUAACCACAAUUCUCUUCUAUUUCUGGACUUUGACAAAGGAUUGUCACAUCAUUUCCUUCCAAACAGCUGACAGCUGGAACAAGGGCAGCUAGACUUUAUCUAAUUACCCAUUUGACUUCAUAAGUAUCUGUCACUAGUGGGAGUGUCAGAGAAUGCAAAUGCAGUCACAAUACAAAUGCCCAUGUGGGAAUAUUAACAGUGCAAGAGCUUAAAAGCAAUCGGAUGAACCAGAAUGUAAAAUCAUCUGCCUCUUAAAUUUAUUGCAAGUAGAUUGUAAUGUGUAGUAUACCAUCUCCUAUUAUCGUCUCAUCUUGGUAUACAAUUCAAUUUUAGAUCAGGCGCUCUGACAUGGCUUCAGAAACGUGCUCAGUUGCCAUGCACAUGUGGUUAAAAGCCAAACAAGGUUGUGCAUCUAUUGAAACCGAUCCUGACACAUGUUUAUGGUUUCCUAUUUUGGAGCAAGGAACUGCAUAUUUUCAGGACCGUGUUUGCUACUGUGUCACCUUAGGCCUCACUAGAUAAACUGUGAGUAUCGGGUGGGGGCAGUGAAGCCUUCCUCUGUGAUGUAAAUGCAGAUGGUGCUCGCCGUGCUCCUUCAGCCUUUAAUCUCCUGUCAGCAAAGCUGCAAUCUGCUGAUUUUUCUGCCUCUGUGGUGAAGCCAAGUGUCACCAACUCUGUUUGAGUCACAGCCCGCACUGGAAAUGCCAGGUUGACCAUUUUUGUUACAGGAAUGUAAAUAUAAAUCAGCAUGUUUAUAUUAGUUUCCUGAUCACACUCAAGAAUCAGCUUAAAGUGUUCAUCCACUUUAAGUGAUCGUUUAUUAUAAAAGCACUGGUGGAAACCAGCAUGUGAAAUAUAUUCAUUAUUUACCUAAAUGGGAAGUGUAUUGAGCUCUGUUAGGUAUGAACUCCACCGCCAAUCAUCGGAUUUGUUUAUAAAAUCAAGAUUUCCAGAAAUAUGUAAUGGCAGUUCUUACUGUAUAAAUAAAUAUUUUUAACUAAUCAGUGAAAGCAGCAGUUUUGUGCCUUCAACAGAACCUUGUCAGGUUUUAAAGCCACUUCAAACUGUCCUCUGAUGUAAUUAGGCUGUUGGUUGUUUGCUGGAACUUGAACUUAUUCAAACUACUGUGCAGUGACUCACUGUUUACAUUAUGACUGUUGAUAAAAAUAUAAACAGUUGGAUAUUGUUGGGAUUCAGCAGUGAAGGAUGUUAACCUGGUUAACAAGCAUUUUGCUGCUUGGAUUCUUUCACCUGAACUUUAACACGUGCCAGCUCCACAUCUGAAAAUCAUUUUUGUGUGGCACAUUGAAGUAUUGGACGACAAUGAUGACCAGAGAGAAGCAGUGAUUCUUUUUGGCAUUUAAGAAAUAUGUUUAUUCUCAAGUGAGGCCAAAUUUAAGGAAGGUGUUUUUUGUUGGUCCUGAAAUCUGUGAAUAAAUGUUUGAGGAUGAGUUCAAAAGGAAACUAAAGCCAACUGAAUCAGCAGCAGGUUUUCCAGAAUUUUCUUGGCAAUCACUGAGCAGAGGUUUAUACUGAGCUGGUGGAUAACAUCCUGAAAGCUUAUCAGCUAAUGAGUGCCAGUUUACUGAAGGGGCACUUUUUACAUUCUCCACUUUGUCCACCAAAUCUCUGUGAUCAGCACGGGGAAAGAUUUCAUCAAGAUAUAACAGUGAUGGAAGCUGAUAUCAGGGAAAUUUUUAAUCCUGAGCAUGAUUGGUAACUGCUGUUGGUUCUUGCAAAGUGAGAUUGAUGUGCAGUACAAACGGAAAAGCAAGUGCCUCAAACAUGUUUUAGCACUCUGACCUCAUUAUUUUGAGCUAAAUCGGCAGAAAUCUGCUUAAACACGACUCUGGUAUCAUCUUGUGGUUUGUUUUCAAAACAAAUGGAUCAAAGCAUCUUUAGUGGGAAAUUGAAACCCAGAUAUUGUGCUAUUUUGAACUGUCGAAACAUAAAUUGGACACGCUUUCUGUAAUUAUUUAAAAUAAGUAGACUAAGAUCUGGUCUGAAGUUCCCAGUAGCAAACGUUUCUUUUCUUUUUUUUUUUUUGGUAGACCAGAGUAAUCAAACUCACUCACUCAGGCAUAAUAAUCACAAGUUUAUUAGUAAUAUCUGGUUAUAUGCAUCAUACAUGAGCAUUGAUGGUUUUCAACAAAAACACCAAACCUUUAAUGUGCCCAGCAGGGAUCAACAGUGACUGCCAAAUCUCAAAUGCUGUUUCCCCUACGUAUGAAAAGCAGUAAACCUUAAACACAAAGUCCAAACAGUUUUUUGUUUUU